AGUGCAACAUUUGAUGUUGGUCAGUUCAUCUUUACUAUUUGAUCAACCAAAACAUAAUACGAAGAAAAGUUUUCUCUUUGUGAGUGUUAUUUAACAAAAGUUAAAAAAAAACAACAUCAUGUCAUUCGCUGGUAAAGUUAUUUUGAUAACCGGUGCCUCAAAUGGGAUCGGUGCUGCAGCUGCUGAAUAUUUUGCCGAAGAAGGCGCAUUACUAGCCCUUGUCGCGCGAAAUGCUGAAAGAUUUGAAAAAGUUCUUGCAAAUAUGAAAGGGAAAGGCAUCGAAAUGGAGCCAUUGGUAAUUUUAGCCGACGUUGCCAUUGACGCAGAACGAAUUAUUAACGAAACUAUUGAUAAGUAUGGUCGUUUGGAUGUUUUGAUUAAUAACGCUGCUUUCGGUAAUCAUGAAUCGCUUGAAACAUUAAACAUUGAAAACUUCGAUACUAUGAUGGCAACCAACGUGCGAAGUGUCAUUCAACUUACUAAAUUGGCAAUUUUUCCACAUUUAAUUGAAAGUAAAGGAAAUGUUGUAAAUAUUUCCAGCAUUGCGGGCAUUGCAUCUUUUCAGAAUUUUCUUAUUUACUCAAUGACCAAGGCUGCUUUGGACCAGUUUACGAAAUGUGUGGCCAUGGAGGUAGCGAAAAAAGGCGUUCGGUGCAAUAGUGUAAACCCAGGAUUUAUUGAUACGGAUUUUCAUGGUUUCGAAAGGAAUAGCGAAGAAUACGCAUCAUUGAUGCAGGCAAAUAUUGAAAUGCAUCCAAUUGGACGUGUCGGGCAAUCUGAAGACAUUGUAGAUGCCAUUGCAUUUUUGGCGAGUGAGAAAGCCAGCUUUGUCACGGGCCAUCUUUUCGUUGUAGAUGGAGGCUUGGGUCGUAAAGGAGCAUUUUGAGAUAAUUUUAAAAUAAAUGUCAAGGUCACUCCUUAAUUACUGUUUUUUGAUUUCAAUAUUUAAUGCAUGUGUAGGUCAUACCUAGGGUGCCAAAUAUUCGCAUGUGAUGUUAUUAAUUAUGAAAACUAAUCGACCGUUGACUAAUUUGUUACUUUUUGAAGAAUCUAUCUCAU